UGUUUGAUAUCUGGUAGGGAGCACAGACGGGACGAGAAAAGUUUUCCCUGCCCCCUGGUGUUGAGCUUUUCCUCCACACAAGCAGUCUCCCUGUGCAGCACAGAGCUGUGCAGAGCCACAGGCUUACUGCCUCGUGCAGAAAUGUGACUCCAUGAGCGCCAGGACUUACCUCGUUUUAAUCUUUUAGUUGUGACAUUGGUCACACUUUAUUUUUUAAGAGUCCUUAUCUUUGAAGGAGUAAUACUAAAGAGUAGGGUGUCAGUUUUGAUCCCCGAUGGGGGAGAAGACAGAACAAGAUCGGUGGAGAGCUGGGGGGGGGGGUGGGCGGGCAUGUACGUGAGGCUCCCUGGGCCGUUCUCCCCACUGACUCUAUGAAGAUUUACAAUCGUCUUCACUCCAUCUGUCCAGGUUAAAUGGUCAGCCUUUGACUUGCCAAGGAGAUUUGCAACUAUAAAGGAGGGUGCUAAGAUUUCAGCUGCCUGGGUUUGGGGCAUGACUGAGACUUCGACAGCUCACAUGUAGCUAGGCAUGAAGCAGCAGGUGGGGCCAGGAGGGAAAGGAUCCAAAGUCUAGUGUCGUAAAGAUAUCCUGACCUUCUGGGGCUGCCUGAGUGUGGCUGAGGUGGAACAGAGGGCAGACCGUGCCUGGAAGCUCGGAGUGGAGGUCCCGGGGCCAGCCAGGUUCCUUGACCUGAGUCAUGGCUGCAGAAGCCCCUGGAGAAGCCAGAGUGAUUCCCACAUCUGGAGCUGGGGGGCUCAAGCCGUGGCAGGCACUGAGUCCAGCCCAGCCUGGCCACCUGCCUCCAGACUGGCACCAGGAGAAGUCCCAGGAGCUGAGUGGCCUUCUCAAGGAGCUGGGCUUCUUCAUUUCAGGGCUCUUGGCGAUCACAGUGGACAUGGUUUUGAAAACUUACCUGAAGGCGUUGUGCCUGAUAACAAACAUCACCAGCUUCUUCUGCGCGCUGGCCGGCCUCUAUGUCAUUGCCAAGGAUCUCUUUCUGGAGAGUCCGUUUGAAUCCCCGAUCUGGAGACCAUACCCCAACAGCACCGUCCACAUCCAGAGGCUAGAGCUGGCCCUGCUCUGUUUCACCUUCCUGGAGCUCUUCCUGCCCUGGCCCACGGCUCUCAUAGCCUACAGAGAUGACUGCCAGUCUGCAGAGAAGGAUGACUUGUUUCUUGUUCCUGACACAAACGUGCCCAUGGGGCCUCCACCAUCCUAUGAAGAGGUGACUCAAGGUGACACACAAGAGGAACAAAAGCAAAGUGUCUCCAUCUGCACGAUGAGGGGUCGGGAGGGUGAAAUGACCAGGACCUCCGCACUGGAAAGCUCUUAAAUCAGGAGUCGAACUCAGGAUUCCGGUGGCGACAUCCAAGGUUGCCAGUGAAACCAGAAUUCCACACCUACUUGCGCUAAGUAAAUACGGUGAGGGAGAGAGAUCGGCCUCCCUCUUUUCCCAAAUUUCAGUCAUCUGGGACAAUCCUCAUGACUUUUGUUUAUUUGUAAAUUGUACUCUAUUCCCUUUAUGUUUUCUUAAAUUGAUUUUUUUCUCAUAAUAUUAUUUUAGAAGGGUACUUUUGUAUCAGCAACAAACAGGAAGUCAAUAUCCUUCCAUGAAAAGAAGCUAACCAUAAAAAUAAUGUAAACACAAUGAAAAUAAACCCAAAUUGAUUUGCCACCCACCUCUGUGAUCUCACCCU